UGCUAGCGAGCAGCCGGUUCGCCGCGCCGGCCGGGCAUGGCGGCUUGGUCCUUGGCGAGCGUUCCUCCUCCGCCUCUCUCGGACCGCGGAGGUCGGAGUCUGUGGCUCUGUGCCUGCCGCGACCGCAACCGCGGCGCCGCCUGGUUUCUCCGACGUGAGAGGCGAGCUCCAACUCCAAGCUUUAGCACUCGGCGAAGAAGAGGGACAGGGACUGGUUCUUGGUUGCGAACUUGCGACGCAAGAGGUACAUUUCUAUUCCUUCGAGACUUUGUCCAGUCACAUGCUCGCACCGAUCAAACACCAAUUUUGGGAGUCAAGUACUCAAGUGUGCAUACACAUUGAGAGUGAUGGGAUCACUAACCAAUUAACUUAUUUCGGACUAAUUUCUGUGAGCAUUCCUUGGAUCUGGUCUGAAGUUGACACUGACCAACCUAACCUAGUUCAGUGGACUAGCCCAAAUGUGUUCCCUUCCCUCACGCGCUUAUAAUUAAAUGUUGAGCCAACAUGAAGGUAACUGUGGGGAGUUGGAAGGAACUUACAUCAUGAUUACAUCAGGUGGUCUAGCCAUAGGGCUGCAAAUUGGUGAUGUGCACCUCCAACCCUCUUUAUUAGUUCAAAUUUUUAUACUACUUCUUCAAAAUGGGAUCUCAAUUUGAAGAAGUAGUACAAAUAUUUGAAGUAAAAAGGGUUGGAGGUGCACCUAAGGGUCACCAAUUUACAUCCCUAUCUAGUCAUGAGAAUACUGAAGAUUUAAGUUUCCCUAUUUUGCCCUCUGAACUCUGAGGUUGCAGGAUACUUUCCUCCUUUAAUAGGUCAAAGUCUUUGUAGAUGAUGUAUAGUGGUAACUGGAAGAGUAUUUUGCCUGUGAAUUUCAGAAGAGAAGGUCAACUGUGAUGGAAUACUUUGUUUACGAGUUAGGUCGUCUACAGUUUAUUAAAACCAAAUUUUAUCUACUAUAAAUCUGAUAUCCUUUGAAUGAAAUCUAAAUGCUAGUAAAUUAUAAAAUUGCUGAAACUUAGAGUUGAUACAACGACAGCCAUCCAUCUAUAUAUGUGUAGAGUACUGAAGCUAGGGUCACCACUGCCAGCAUCAAGUCUAUACUCCUCUGUUUACUUAACAUGAACUUAUGCCGCUUCAGUUUUUUGCCUGCCUUCAACACUGCCAUUCUGGAAUCUGGACACUUUGACAAUCUCUUGCUUUACUCAAAAGGACAUAUUUUUCCACAGCUGAUCAAACUUGUAAAGAUGUGAUGUAAGGAGGUGGAAUUUGUGACUGCGAUCGAGUGUUGAUUAUUGCAAAAUAGUUGUGCUGACAUUUUGAAGUCAAACUGCAUGAGAAUAAUGGUAGAAGUUGCUGUUCUUUUUGUGAUAAAAAAGAUAGGGAUAGCAGUGGCAUGUGAAACUCUAAAGUUAGCUAAGCCCUUGCUUGGAGACAAUUCUGAGAUGCGAAUGGCUCUUCCAGUUAACAUGAAAUUGAUAAAAGGUGAACUUGAAAUUAUUAAUGCAUUUCUUAAGGAAAUCAGCAUGAAUGGUUGCAAUAGUGAAAUCAUAGAAACUUGGACAGGACAAGUCCGAAGGUUGGCAUAUGAUAUGGAAGACAUUGUGGAUCAGUUCAUGCAUGUUGUCAGUGAAUACCAACAGAAAGGGUCAUUGUCCUGUGUGAGGAAAGUUUUCAAGAAACAUCAGCAUUUAUUUUCACUAGAUGAAAUUGCUGCCAAAGCAGAUAUGAUAAAUAAAGAGCUUAUGGAACUUUCAAAUAGGAUUGGUCGUUGGACCCAACUAAUGCCUGGUGUGAGUUAUAAUCCUGCAACGAACUAUGACAGUGAGCUAGUAUAUCAAUCUGGACAUGAUCAUUCUAUCAAUGACAAUGAGCUUGUAGGAAUCGAUCUUAAUAGAAAAAUUUUGAUUAAAUCAUUGCAUCUACAAGAUACUUCCCUCCGGAUUAUUGCUAUUUGGGGUAUGGGUGGCCUUGGGAAAAGCACCCUUGUAAAUAAUGUCUACAGAAAUGAAACAAUAUCAUCAAAGUUUAAUUGCCACGCAUGGGUUUCUGUUUCUCAGUCAAAUAAAAUGAUUGAUAUUUGGAGAAACAUGCUGAAAGAAAUAUACGGAAAUGACAAUAGAGCUUUUGAUGCUGGAAGCAUGAACAGUGCAGAACUAAGAAUGGAAUUGAUGAAAAUUCUUGAUAAGAAGAGGUAUUUGAUCAUAUUGGAUGAUGUCUGGACAGCUGAAACUCUUUUUAAAAUUAGAGAGGUUCUUGUUGACAAUGGCCUGGGAAGCAGAGUAAUAAUCACGACAAGGAUUGAGGAAGUGGCUUCAAUAGCUGAGGAUGGUUGCAAGAUCAAGGUAGAGCCGCUAAAUGACCAUGAUGCAUGGCUUCUAUUUUGCAUGAAGACAUUUCCAAAAACUAAGAAUAAUAUCUGCCCCCCAGAACUACAUCAGUGUGGUAAAGACAUAGUGGAGAAAUGUGAUGGUUUACCAUUAGCUAUUGUGGCAAUAGGGAGUUUGUUGUCCCUCAAAACAAGGAAUAUUAAAGAAUGGAGACUUUUUUACUAUCAACUUAUUUCAGAGAUACACAACAAUGAGAACUUAAACCGAGUGGAGAAAAUUCUAAAUCUGAGCUACAAGUACCUGCCAAACUAUUUGAAGAACUGUUUCUUAUAUUGUGCUAUGUUCCCAGAAGACUAUCUGAUCCACAGAAAAAGAUUGGUUAGAAUGUGGAUCGCUGAAGGGUUUAUUGAACAAAAAGGUGUCUGCAGCUUAGAAGAUGUUGCUGAAGUUUAUCUGACAGAACUUGUCCAGCGUAGCAUGCUUCAGGUUGUAGCAAGGAAUAGUUUUGACAGGAUACAGUGUCUUUGUAUGCAUGAUCUUGUGCGUGAACUGGCUAUUUUCCAAUCUAAAAAGGAGAAUUUCUGCACAAUUUAUGAUGAUACUCAUGGGGUGGUGCAGGUGGGAUCAGAUCCUCGUCGUAUAUCAGUACUCCAGUGCAACAACGAUAUUCAAUCCACCAUAGAUCCAUCCAGGCUUCGCACCUUCAUAGCAUUUGAAACCUGCAUAACAACAUGUUCAUGGUAUUCUUUUAUUCCCUCUGAGUCUAAGUACCUUGCAGUACUAGAUUUAUCAGGCUUGCCUAUUGAGACGAUUCCCAAUUCAGUUGGUUUGCUAUUCAACCUUAGGCUUUUGUGCCUCAACGACACAAAUGUGAAGGAACUACCUAAAUAUAUUACGAAGCUCCACAAUUUACAAACAUUGAACCUUGAGCGCACACAAGUGCUGAAGUUUCCGCAAGGAUUUUCAAAACUGAAGAAACUGCGUCACCUACUUGCUUGGAAAUUGCUAGAUGCAACAUAUAGAAGUUUAAAUAAUUGGGACUCUAUGGAGCCAUCUGAAGGCUUCUGGAAUUUGAAGGAACUGCAAUCCUUGAAUGAAGUUCGAGCAACUAAAGUCUUUGUUGCAAAACUUGGGAAUUUAUCCCAGUUGAGGUCCCUUAGCAUUACUCGCAUAAGGAGUAGCCAUUGUUCACAAUUGUGCAACUCCCUAUCGAAGAUGCACCAGCUUACAAGAUUACACAUAAGAGCAAUCAACAAAGAUGAGUUACUAUUUAUGGAAAAUUUGACAUUGCAAAACCCUCUUGAAAAGCUCGAUUUGGUAGGGAGCUUAUCUGAAGGAACUCUGGAAUCUCCCUUUUUCUCUGCCCAUGGAAGUCAACUUCUGCAAAUAGAGCUAGCAUGGUGUCAGUUCAUAGGUAGUCCAGUGGCACAACUUUCUAAAUUGUCAAAUUUAACUGAAUUACGCCUUACAAGGGUGCACACCAGUCAACAGAUAAACUUCCUUGGGAAGUUAUUCCAAAAAUUGAAGAAGUUAGUCUUGUGGGAUUUGCCACAGGUCAAUCAAAUAUGCAUACAUGAUGGUGCUUUGGUCAGCCUUGAAUGUCUCCAUAUUGAUAGCCUCAAGAAAUUGCGGGAUGUACCUAUUGGUAUCGGAUUUCUCAGUUCUAUCAAAGAAGCAUACUUUACCAGGAUGCAUUCUGAAUUUGUGAGGAACCUUCAAACGGUCAAGCUAAAUCAUAUUCCGAAGGUCUACUGGUCAACAGAAGGGGUGUGCUCAGUUGAAAGAGAAGUCACUAACCUGCCUGGUCCAAGCAGCACCAACCCGCAGUGGCGCAUUUUAGGUGGGUCAGGUUGGGUUUUCAUCUAACUCGGUUUGUGAACGGAUGAUGAAGAUGAAUGGCAAACUUGCUGAAGACAUGUGGUGAAUUGAUUCUACACUUCCACCAUGGUUUCUUCGGUCACUGUGUUUCCCCAGCAAGCUAAGUUUUCAUCAUAAUUUGCUGUUUCUCCUAUGGUCACUGGUCAGUACGGCAGUGGUAACUCCUGGGAAAUUCAUUUUGCUGGGUGUCAAUUUCAACGGCAGCUGGGACUUGCCACUGCAAUCUUAUUCGACAGGAUGCACCGCGUCAAUCUUCUGGUCCAAGAAGCUUCUUCACCGGGCCAGUUUCUUGUGGACUUCAGUCGUUGUCAGUUUCCAUACCGUUGCAUCUGAAAUCAUAUACUACAUCCAUAUGGAUUAUUAUUACAGUGUUGCCAGUUUGGCGUUCUUGUGUAACUCUAUUUUGGCUGCCAUCUAGCAUGCCACGUUGUAAAACUUUAGAAUCCCUGGCUUAAAAAUUCAGGUGAAAUUUCGUA